GGCUCCGGUCCUUCAUUCAUCGUACUCUUUUUGGAAAGGCGCCGUGGAACCCGAAGCGCUGUCCUUGCUGCAAGGCCUCGGAUAUAGGCGUUGAGGUCUUUCGAUUUGCCUCUUCUCGAUGCCCCGGCAUCGGUGGGUUGCUGGUGCGGCAGUGUAGUCAAGGUAGUGGGGAGGGCGGCGCCGCCAUAGCGUGCGGAACGAGCUGCAACGAUGAGUCACCGUAAGUUCGAGCAUCCUCGCCAUGGCUCCCUGGGCUUCUUGCCCAGGAAGCGAAGCAAGCGACAUAGGGGAAAGGUGAAGUCGUUCCCGAGGGAUGACCCGAAGAAGAAGCCGCAUUUGACGGCCUUUCUAGGGUACAAGGCCGGAAUGACUCAUAUCAUGCGAGAGGUGGACAAGGCGGGAUCGAAGCUCCACAAGAAGGAGACAUGCGAGGCUGUGACUGUCAUCGAGACGCCGCCGAUGCUGGUCGUUGGUCUGACGGGCUACAUCAUGACUCCUCGAGGGCUUCGGUCGUUGGUGACUGUCUGGGCUCAGCAUCUUAGCAAGGAUCUUCUCCGAAGAUUCUAUAAGAAUUGGUACAAGUGCAAGAAGAAGGCGUUCUCCAAGUACGCACAGAAGUACGACACUGCCGAGGGGAAGAAGGACUUCCAAGCGCAGCUUGAGAAGCUGAAGAAGUAUUGCACUGUCAUCCGCGUUCUCGCCCACACGCAGGUGCGCAAGUGUCCGGGCAUCGGACAGAAAAAGGCUCAUCUUAUGGAGAUCCAAAUCAACGGCGGAACGCCGGCGGAGAAGGUGGAUUUCGGCGUUAGCUACUUCGAGAAGGCUGUUCCCAUCUCCGCUGUUUUCGGGAAGGACGAGAUGAUUGAUUGCAUCGGAGUUACCAAGGGUCAUGGACACGAGGGCGUGGUAACCAGAUGGGGAGUGACUCGUCUUCCCAGAAAGACCCAUCGUGGUCUGCGAAAGGUCGCUUGUAUUGGGGCAUGGCAUCCCGCGCGUGUUCCGUACACUGUGGCGAGACCCGGUCAGCGAGGUUAUCAUCACAGGACGGAGAUGAAUAAGAAGAUUUACAAGAUCGGUGUGGCUGGUGACGAAUCUCACAAGGCGAUGACGGAGUACGAUCGCACGGACAAGGAUAUCACGCCGAUGGGAGGUUUCCCGCACUAUGGUAUUGUGAAGGAGGACUACAUUAUGAUAAAGGGUUGCUGCAUGGGCGCGAAGAAGCGUGUAAUUACUCUCCGCAAGUCACUCUUCCCUCAAGUGACUCGUACGGCGAUGGAGCAAAUCAGCCUCAAGUUCAUCGAUACCUCGUCCAAGUUCGGCCAUGGGCGCUACCAGACGACUGCGGAGAAACAGAAGAUUUUUGGCAAAGUCAAAGCCAAGUAAAAGAAAAAGUGUUUAGUGCUAUUGCAACGGGAGAGGCGAAAUAUUUUCGGCGAUUUGAUUGUGAGCUCGUGCGAGGAAGGCGUUUUUCGGCCUUGAGUGAUGGUUUUGUAUUGACCGAUCGGUGGGGUGUUUUCUUGAAGGCGGAGGAUGUUGGAUUCAGCCUGCCGUAUAAUGAUUACCGACUGUCGAUUCUUCUCUUUCUCGAGCUCUCUAGCAUCUCUGAACUUUGUUCUCCGUCCUUUCCUUCUCUUCUUCUCUCCACUGUUUGCUUUUCUCCUUUCUUUAACUUCUCUCAUAUCUCUUCUCUCUUCGCUCGUUGUUGCAACGGGAAACUACGUGGCGGUCAGAAAAAGAGUUUGAAAUUACACUUUGGGCAAGAAGCAUUUUUGAAUUGCACUGCGGGCAAUGUAUACAAGCUAACUUCCCGGUCAGGUAUGUUUACGUGGGGGUGUGUUGUGAUCGGGGCAGUACCCGAAGUGCAAUUUCAAACUGUUUUUGUGACUGUAAUGAAGUUACCCCUUCUUCUUUCUCUCUUCUGUGUUCUCUCUUCUAUCCUCUGUUUCCUUUCGUCUUGUAUUCUUUUCUCUUUCCUUUCUUCUUCAUGUCUUUUGUGAUCUCUCGUCUCUCCUCUCCUCUGUCUUCUCUCGUCUUUUAUUCUUCUCUUUCCUCUCUUGUUCAUGUCUCGUCUUCUCUCGUCCCUCUCUCUCUUUCCUCGUUUCUCUCUCUCGAGUAUCUUUUGAUUCCUAGUCCCCUCGUUUAUCUCGUCUCUCUUCUCUCUUGUCUCUACUUCUGCGGUCUUUUCUCUCGUCCCCUUCUCCUGUCAACCCUAUGUUGAUGUUGAUGGAUUCUUCCGCAUACCGAUCUGUCAUUUCCCGCCAUUUCCUCUCCUCUCAUCUCCUUUUAACGAGUGAGUCAGGUGUUGAUGUGUCAAAUUUUUCCUCCAUCCUCUCGCUGGUAUACACCUGUUUUUUUUCCGGGGGAUGAUGCAUGUUUUGUGAAACAUAAACCAAACUUACCGAUCAAACGGAUGGACAGCAAGUUUGGGCAGCAUUCAUGGGUUUCGUCUGCAUGGGUGUGUUCUGUUUCUGUUUUGUUUCCGAUUUCAGGUAUGUUGUAUGCUUUUUUUUGGUUUCCGUUUUCAGGUAUGUUGUAUGCUUGUUUUGUUUACGUUUUCAGAUAGUGUCACACAACCGCACAGUGAAGUAAACCGAAGGCAAGGCGUCACGACAGUAUGUACUGUUGGACUGCUUCAACCAAUUCAUCAGGCUCGUUGAGUCCAUGUGCUGUUGAUGAUGCCCUUUUGUGCUCUUUUGUUUUCUCACAUGAGAUGAUCGUUUCAACUGGGGCGUCAACACACGGACAAAAUAUGUAUUAUGUACACAAGGAGUUUUUGUCAACGUCGAUGAACUUAGGAAAUCUACUGUGGAAUCAAGAACUGUGUAAAGC